GUGUGAAUCGCGCGGAAUGAGUUACUCGUAUAUAUCUGGCGAUCCGGCAGCCCCCUUCUUCUCCCCCACAGUGGUUCUUCAGGCUUUGUCUUGGACUCAACUCGUCCUCAUCACUCGACAAUGAGACAAACCGUCGGAGCCGUGGGCCUUUUGGCUCUUGCUCACAUCGUUGCGGGCACGCAUUGCGAUAGCUCUAGCCCUUGCCAGGCCAGUGCCGAUGCUGUUUCCAGCUGUGCAACAUCCUGUAUCCAGUCUGCCGCUGUCACUCAGGCAGCCUGUGCUACGGCAGACUACAAAUGCCAAUGUGACCAGUCAGGCGUUAUUCAAGGCGCAGCUGCAAACUGUAUCAUAGGCGCGUGUGGAUUCGGUGGAGCCAUUGAUGUUCUGAGCCAAGUCGGAGCUCUCUGUACGUGUGUCACGGCCAACCCGACAAGUGCUUGCUCAUCAACAAGCACAUCAUCCUCAACAACAACUCCUUACCAGCCUCCCACAACUACUGAGCCUCCAACUACUGAGCCUCCUACAACAUCCUCGACAAGCCCUCCUUACCCAACUGUUCCUUGCACCUCGGCUCCAGCUACCACAACUGGACCUCCCGCCACUACGACUCAACCUCCUGCUACCACUGAGUCUACUUCGGACUGCUCAGAGUCAGACACCACAGAGCCUCCCUCAACGACGACUGGCCCCAUCACCUCUGCACCAGGCACUACUACAACUGCUGCCCCCGGCUGUGACUCUACUUCUCCCUGCCAGGCUAGCGCUGAUGCCGUGUAUGAUUGUGCCAAACCAUGCAUUGAGUCCGCUGCCGUAACUCAAGCCAGCUGUGCUGUCUCUGACUAUGAGUGUCAAUGUGGCAAGACCGAUGUCAUUCAAGGUGCUGCUGUCAAUUGUGUUCUAGGAAACUGUGGUAACACUGCUCUUGACGUUCUUAACCAAGUCUCAAGCCUCUGUGGUUGCGUCACAGCGCACCCAACUACACCUUGCACCUCAGCCCCAGCAACCACAACUGCAACGACCACUGCGCCUCCUAAUUCAUCAGAGACUCCCUGCACUACUUCUAGCAGCGUGAUUACUUCAGCUCCCCCUGGAUCAUCUUCCGGCCCUGGUGGUCCCGGCACGACUUGCAAGCCCGGAACUACAUCUGACUGUGGUCCUGUUGCCAGCAGCGCCGUCCCAUCCUGUGCUCAGGCUUGCUUCAGCAGUGCCGCUCCUAAGAUUCCGUGUGAUGUUCAUGACUAUGCUUGCCAGUGCCAGCCUGCGGCUCAGUCUAGCUUGACUCAGCUGCUUGUCCCUUGUGUUGCUACUGCUUGUCCCGCUGCUUCGCUCCAGGCUGUCAUUGCUGGUGCUUCUCAGGUGUGUGCCUGUGCCACCGCGCCUCCUAGCCCUGGCGACUGCGGAAUUUCACCACCGGCCACCACCACCACAGGUCCCGGAGGUUCUCAAUCCUCAUCGCAGCCCGGAGGUGGCAACACUUACCCACCGCCACCAGUCACAACUACCGGCCCUGGAACCUCAGCCACUGGCUCCAACUGCCAGCCUGUGCCUGUCAAGACCUGUGACGCCGUGGCCAGCUCAGCAGUUCCUUCAUGCGCUCAGGCGUGCUUCACAUCUGCUGCACCCAAGAUUCCUUGUGAUGUCCAUGACUAUGACUGCCAGUGCAAGCCUGAAGCUCAGGCUAGCUUGACCCAGCUGCUCGUUCCCUGCGUGGCAACGGCUUGCCCUCCUGCUUCUCUGCAAGCUGUUAUUACUGGAGCCAGCUCAGUUUGCGCCUGUGCUAGUGCUUCACCUACACUUAUUGCCCCUGGAACUUGUCAAAGUUCUGGCCCCCCUGGCGGCGGCAGCUCUGGCGGCUCCGGUCCCAGCAACAGCGGUGGUAACGGUGGUGGCGGAUCUCCCACCACGACUCCUGGUGGCGGUGGUGGUGCUUCUCCUACCUGCAACACUGAGGCCCCUGACUGCGGUGCUGUUGCUACCUCGGCUGUUCCUUCUUGUGCUCAAGCCUGCUUCACGAGCGCUGCUCCUAAGAUCUCUUGCGGUGUGAACGACUACGCAUGCCAGUGCCAGCCCGCAGCUCAGGCCAGCCUGUCCCAGAUUCUGGUUCCUUGCGUUGCGACAGCUUGUCCCGCAGCCUCUCUGGAAGCCGUCAUCACCGGAGCUUCUUCCGUGUGUGCUUGCGCUACCGGUUCAAGUGGUUCUUCCAACUGCGGUGGCAGUGGUGGCAGCGGCGGCUCCGGAGGCUCCGGAGGCUCUGGAGGCUCUGGUUCUCCUACUGGAGGCAGCGGAGGUGGUGAAGGUGGAAGCGGAGGCAGCGGAGGCAGCGGAGGCAGCGGAGGCAGCGGAGGCAGCGGAGGCAGCGAGCCUACCGGCGGAUCAGGAGGCUCUGGAGGGUCUGGAGGUUCCGGAGGAGGAGAGGGCGGAAGCGGUGGAAACGGAGGAGGUAAUGGAGGCGGCAACGGAGGUGGAAGUCAGCCAACCGCUCCCCCAACCAUCCCUCCCAGUGCAGGUUCUCGAUUGGAGAUGAGCCUUGUUGCUGGUGUUUUCGCUCUCACCUGGGCGAUUGCCGUUGUGCUGUAAUCUAGUUCUAGUACGAAUGGCUUAAUGUGUUGACGAAGCAUGCGUAUAUUUGCCUUCAUAUGGCUCUAACAACUCCUACUUAGAGGUGGAACAUAUUGAGCCUUCAAUUAAAUAAUAAUGAAGUUGCUAUGAGUUUACUGCUCACGAGGCUGAUACUGUGCAUCUAUUGUGCUGUACACUUGAU